AUGCCUCUGCUGCCGCCGCCCAGGGAGCAGCAGCAUGCUCGCACCGAACCUUCCACUCCCCUACGAACAAGACCUCCAACAAACACAUCUUUGCUGGUACCGCUGAGUGCCCGCUCACGACUUAGUUUUGUUACGCUUCCGCCUGAUGAUCUUACGCUGGUGUUGGGACGGCCUCCAACUUGGAAAACUCCAGAUGCUCCACAUUCACAAAGGCCAGACACUAGCCGCCGGCAGUCCGGUUUGUCCCAGCAUUCCCUGAUACACCUGUCCAGACGCAGUUCAGGACCUAAUUCACGUCAUGAGUCGGUUCUAUCGACCCCACGCUCUCGUCGUUUGAGUGAUCAUCUCACGGUGAGACGUAAGAGACGUUCCUCUACGGGUGCUACAUAUGUCUCCGGCUACCACGGCUCCAUCACCAAAGACUUUCUUCGAAACUUCUCCAGAGCAUUGCUACAUGACCAGCACCAUGCGCCGCCUGAGUAUGAAAGUGAGAAGGUUUUCCAGGCGCUAGAUCAUGAACACCGGCUACAUUCCUUGAGUCCUCAGGACCACACGCGGUAUAGUGAAUUCGACUACUCCUUGCCGUUGCCUUCUGACGAUGCAAUGAAAUCGCCUCCACUGACGGUCGAACAAGUGAGCCCGUCGCCUGUUGGCACGCCUAAAGCUGCAGUUCCUAAGCCAGAAAAGAAGCCGGCCUUCAAGUCUUACCUUGAGCGUAUUCUAGAAAGCAGGAAACGAUCAUCAAUGUUUGAAAAUGAAUCUCCCGAAGACGUUGAGAAUGACCUUCAAGGUGUCAACGAUAUUAUCUCCACAUCAAAGUUUGUCAUUGAGAAUACUAUCCAAGGACUACCGGAGUUCACAGAUAACCAACAAUCUCCCAACGAGCUCAAUAUCAAAUUAGCUGAACCGCUUGCUGUGAAUGAAAAUGCAAUUCACACCGAUGACGAGGAAUCUAGUGAGGGUGACUACAAAGCCCCUGAAUUGACUAGACCCAGAAGGGCCCAUCGGCCAUCUUUAGACUUACAGAAAACCCCAGAGUAUGAAACCUACGAAUACGAUGAUGCCAACAGGUUCGACGCUUCCCAGCUAGACUCAAUGCUGAUAAUUCCCGAGAAGCAUGAAUCGCCGCAACCCAUGAAUUUCCAAGAUGAUUUCGAUGAUAUUCCCCAGCAUCCAUCUUCAGAUCAAGGAAUCAUUCUGGGUCAUUUCACUAUAGACAACGACGAUCUAGAAGAUAACCCUGCCCUUCAGCUACAGCCUGGUCUUUCAUUGAGUGAUGACGACCAACCAAGAGAAGCUAAGGGAACGUCAAAGCAGUCCAGUAACCGUCGUAUCACUGUUGCGAGCGGCACGAAACGGACUCGUUCGGCGAAUGCAUUACCAAUCCCCAAAUACCUCUUGAAGGGGAUGGUGGUUUUGAAAAGCUCAAACGAUUUCCUCCAACAAACCAUGUCAACUUUGAAAGCCUAUGCUGAGCAUAGGGGCUCUGAGCGUAUUGCCAUUCAAGAUGCUGUAUUAUACCUAAAUCGUGUGAAGAUGCCAUCAUUUUCCACGUCCGAGAUGAAGAGAGUGGCUAAACUCGCUCAUGACCUAUUUCCAUUGGAGACACUUGUUUCUUUAGAUAACAGUUUGCAGCAAUCGACGAUAAAGAAACUCAAGCAGAUGGAGCUCUUGAAGAAUGGCGAGGACAAGACCGAAGACCUAGCACAAGAUACUGCUUCAUUCAGCGAGAUUCAAAAGCUGGAAACUAAUUCUGAGACUGAGGUGUCUCUUGAUGACAAUGAUGACGAUUAUUAA